AUGAGCCACCAGUUUAGCUCCCAGUCAGCGUUCAGCUCCAGGAGCAGGCGGAUUUACAGCUCUGGUUCCUCUGCGGGCUCUGGUGGUGGGAGCUGCGCUGUGAGGUCCGUGUGUCAGGCCCGAGGGAGGUGUGGCAGUGGUGGUGGUGGGUAUGGAAGCCAUGCAAGGGGGUUUACCUCCAGGAGCCUAUACAAUCUGGGUGGCAGUAAAAGCAUCUCCAUCAGCCUAAUAGGGAGAAGUGCCAGUGGUUUCUGCCAUGGUGGGGGAGCAGGAGGGGGGUUUGGAGGAGGCAGGAGCUUUGGAGGUGGUGGUUUUGGGGGUCGUGGCUUUGGAGGUGGUGGCUAUGGAGGAGGUGGUCUUGGGGGUGCUGGGUUUAGGGGUGGCAAUUUGGGGCUUGGGGGCUUUGGUCCUUCUUGUCCCCCAGGGGGUAUCCAAGAAGUGACCAUUAACCAGAGCCUCUUACAACCACUUCACCUGGAGGUGGACCCUGAAAUUCAGAGGGUUAAGAUGCAGGAGCGGGAGCAGAUCAUGGUUCUGAACAACAAGUUUGCCUCCUUCAUUGACAAGGUGCGAUUUCUGGAGCAGCAGAAUCAGGUGCUCCAGACAAAAUGGGAGCUACUGCAGCAGGUAAACACGUCGACUCAGACCAACAAUCUGGAGCCCAUCUUUGAAAGCUACAUUAGCAAGCUGCAGAAGCAGGUGGAUUUUCUCAGAGCGGAGCAGAUGCGCCAGAGCUCGGAGAUCAGGAGCAUGCAGGAUGUUGUGGAUGACUACAAGAACAAGUAUGAGGAAGAAAUCAACCGGAGGACCAGUGGCGAGAAUGAAUUUGUUGUCCUGAAGAAGGAUGUGGAUUCUGCUUAUCUGAGCAAAGUGGACCUACAGUCCAAGGCAGACACUCUGCUUGAGGAGGUUGAUUUCCUGAAAUAUUUAUUUCAAUCGGAGCUGUCUCAGAUGCAGACCAACAUCACUGACACCAGUGUCAUCCUGUCCAUGGACAAUAACCGCUCCCUGGAUUUGGACAGCAUUAUCGAUGCCGUGCGGAUUCAGUACGAGGAGAUUGCACAAAGGAGCAAGGAUGAGGCUGAGGCCCUGUACCAGACCAAGUACCAGGAGCUCCAGAUCACAGCGGGAAGACAUGGAGACGAGCUGAAGACCAGCAGGACGGAGAUCUCCGAACUCAACCUCACCAUCCAGAGGCUGCAGGCAGAGAUUGGCAACGUCAAGAAGCAGAUCGAGCAGGUGCACACCAUCAUUUCUGAUGCAGAGGAGAGGGGACACCAGGCCCUCCAGGAUGCACAGCAGAAGCUGCAGGACCUGGAGGCCGCCCUGCAGCAGUCCAAGGAGGAGCUGGCCCGCCUGCUGCGUGACUACCAGGCGCUGCUGGGAGCUAAGCUGUCCCUGGACGUGGAGAUUGCCACCUACCGCAAGCUGCUGGAGGGCGAGGAGAGCAGGAUGUCAGGGGAGCUGCAGAGCCAAGUGAGCAUCUCUGUGCAGAGCAGCCAGCUCACCAUCGGCGGAGGUGCCCGGGGCUCUGGAGGUUUCAGCAGAGGCGGAGGUUACGGCGGCGGCGGUUACGGCGGCGGCGGUUACGCCGGCGGCAGCAGCAGUGGAAGCUACGGCGGCGGCGGCUUCCGCGGGGGCUCGGGCGGCUACGGAGGGGGCUCUCGAGGGGGCAGUGGAGGCGGUUAUGAGAGCGGCGGUGGGAGCCACGGAGGGAAUAGCAUAAGUAGCAGCAAGUACCGGGGCAGAAAAGGCGGCACCUCCGGAAUGCAGAUAAUCCAAACGUCUACCAGCACCUCCCACAGGCGAAUCCUGGAGUAG